AUGUUCUCUAAGGUUGCUCGUCGUACUUUCUCCUCCUCCGUCCCAUCCGCCUACAAGGUUGCUGUUCUCGGUGCCAACGGUGGUAUUGGUCAACCACUCUCCUUGUUGUUGAAGUUGAACACCAAGGUUACCGACCUUGCGUUGUACGACUUGAGAGGUGCCCCAGGUGUCGCUGCCGACUGCUCCCACAUCCCAACCAACUCCACCGUCAAGGGUUACUCCCCAGAAAACGAUGGUUUGGCUUCCGCCUUGAAGAAUGCCGACGUCGUUGUCAUCCCAGCCGGUGUCCCAAGAAAGCCAGGUAUGACCAGAGACGAUUUGUUCAACACCAACGCUUCCAUUGUCAGAGACUUGGCCAAGGCUGUUGCUGCCAACGCCCCAUCCGCUAAGGUCUGUAUCAUCUCCAACCCAGUCAACUCCACUGUUCCAAUCGUUGCUGAGAUUCUCAAGUCUGCCGGUGUCUACGACCCAAAGAAGUUGUUCGGUGUCACCACCUUGGACAUCUUGCGCGCUUCCAGAUUCAUCUCUGAGAUUGCUGGUACCAACCCAGCCCACGAGGUUGUCAACGUUGUCGGUGGCCACUCCGGUGUCACCAUUGUCCCACUCUUGUCCCAGACCCAGCACAACCUUGCUAUCAAGGGCGAGACCCGUGACGCCUUGAUCCACAGAAUCCAGUUUGGUGGUGACGAAGUUGUCCAGGCCAAGGACGGUGCUGGUUCCGCCACCUUGUCCAUGGCCCAGGCCGGUGCCCGUUUUGCCGGUGCCAUCUUGAACGGUCUUGCCGGUGAAAAGGACGUCAUUGAGGCCUCUUUCGUCGACUCUCCAUUGUUCAAGUCUGAAGGUGUUGAGUUCUUCUCUUCCAACGUCACCUUGGGCCCAGAGGGUGUUGCCAAGAUUCACGCCUUGGGUGAGUUGUCCAAUGCUGAGGAAGCCUUGGUCAAGGUUGCCAAGGAAACUUUGGUUGACAACAUCGCCAAGGGUGUCAACUUUGUCAAGCAGAACCCAUAA